CGCAGGCCGGGCGCUGAGCGGGGCCCCCUUCGCCGCGGCGCCAUGCUGCUGAGCCCCUUGCUGGUGGCGGCGGCAGCGGCCUUGGCGGGCGCCGGGGCGAGCUGCCCGGUGCUCUGCACCUGCCGCGGCCAGGCGGUGGACUGCAGUGGACAGCGGCUCUUCUCGGUGCCACCCGAGCUACCGCUGGACACGGGCAACCUCAGCCUGGCGCACAACCGCAUCGCCAGCAUCCCGCCGGGCUACCUGGCCUGCUACGCCGAGCUGCGGGUGCUCGACCUGCGCAACAACUCGCUGGCGGAGCUGCCCGCCGGCCUCUUCCUCGCCGCCACCCGCCUGGCCCACCUCGACCUCAGCUACAACAACUUCAGCCACGUGGCCGCCGACAUGUUCCUGGAGGCCCGCGGGCUGGUGCGCCUCGACCUCAGCCACAACCCGGGCCUGCGCAAGGUGCACCCCCAGGCUUUCCGGGGGCUGGCCCAGCUGCGGGACCUCGACCUCAGCUACGGGGCCCUGGGCGCCCUCAGCCUCGAAGCCCUCGAGGGCCUGCCGGGGCUGGUCACCCUCCAGAUCGGCGGCAACCCCUGGGUGUGCGGCUGCACCAUGGAGCCCUUCCUCAAGUGGCUGAGGAGCCGUGUCCAGCGCUGCAGCUCGGAUUCGCAGCUGGCCGAGUGCCGGGCGCCCCCCGAAGUGGAAGGCGCCCCCCUCUUCUCCUUGACGGAGGAGAGCUUCAAGGCUUGCCACCUCACCUUGACGCUGGACGACUACCUCUUCAUCGCCUUCGUGGGCUUCGUGGUCUCCAUUGCGUCGGUGGCCACCAACUUCUUGCUGGGCAUCACGGCCAACUGCUGCCACCGCUGGAGCAAAGCCAGUGAGGACGAGGAGAUCUAGGUACCGCGCGCCCCAGCCCCGCUCCCUCGUGCGCCUGGCGGGGAGGACCGAGACAGGCCGGAGAGCGGGGCGCCCGGCUGGCGCCCACCCACCUGCACAUCACUGCCAUCACGAGCUGCGCCGCCCUGCGUCGUGCCGCGGGGAUGCAGCCCUCCCCUUCCCUCUCCUCCUCUUCCUCCCCCUCAAAAAGCCAAGCCCCUUUCACCCACGGCGGCCGGUCAAAGCCAAUAAAAAUCCCACCCUUGACCCAAAAGUGGUGCCGGUGGAGGCGGCUCGGCACCGGUGGGGGCCAGAGCCCCGGCACUGUUCACGCCAGGCCCCGGCGCCCGGGGUGGUGUUCGCCUUUCCCGGGGCGCCCCUCAUGAGCAGCUGCCGGGACGUCCCUCCCGGCAGCAGGAGAGGUGCUGAAGCCCCCUGAAGCGUGGCCCAGCAACGCCUCCACGCAGAUUUUGCAGCCGCCUUUUCGCUUGCCUUUUUCUUGGAAGUUCGGCAUAGGUUUAGGACCGAAGCAGACGCCAAAGGCCACCAGGAGGCCUGGGGAGCUUGGCAGAUCCUGUCGGCCCUGCUUGCCAAAACUGGAAAGCGAGGAGGCGAAAGAAACUCAAAAAAAGAAAAAAAGAGAAAAAGAAAAGAAAAACAAACAACCCCUCCUAGGACAGCCUCCUUUUGUGUGUGUGUGUGUGUGUGUGUGUGUGUGUGUGUGUGUGUGUGUGUGUGGCUUACCCAGUCUCCUAGGCUGCUUCUGCUGCUGAUGCACACAGGGCUAAUCAACAAGGAGCCUUUAAUUGUCAGGUCGGUCUGUCCCACUCCUCCAGCCCAAAACCUGCCUCACCAGCUUCCUGCCCUCCUCGCGGGCCAGCCUCCCCAAAUUCGGGGGUUGGAGGGGGGGCAAAUCAGCUCUCCUGCUUUCCCAGGGCCAGGGCUGUGCAGUGGCCACACAUGUGUCAAGUUGUGCCAGGGCUGGGUUCCUGCUGGGCUCAAGCCUCCUGGUUUCCUUUUGCCAAGGAAGCCUGGAAAAUGGAUCAAGGAUGGGUUUGAGCAGGGUGAAAGUCACCCUCACUCAUGAGAGGAGAGUCUUUCCUUAAGUUAUUAUUUCUCCUUGCAUUUCUGGCGUGUCCAAGUAGAGUGUAUACGUGCAUGUGGUUUAAAAUCCAGCUAAACAAGCAAACAAACAAAAAAAAAAAACAGAAAACAGUAAGAGAGGCAACAUGCCAGCUUGGCAACUCCACCGCCACUGCAGGGACCAGGCUGCCUGACCACUGAGAAUCUCCUGUCGCCCAUCGUCCAGGGAUCAAGUCCCCCAUGCUAAGCAGUUGCCUCAGCAUGGUGAUCCCCAGGCUCAGCCUGGCAGGGCACAGGUGCCUGCUGAGACCCCCACAGCUGUGGGGCUGAAGACAGGGCCCACCUAACCAAGGGCCACUCCAUUUUACAGUCCCCAUGGCGAGCUCCGGCUCAGCCUUGCUCAGGCUCUUGGCUCGCUCACUGGGUGACCCAAUACUGCUGGAGGGUGUUGCAUCCAUGGUGAGGUUGGACCCAUGGCAAGGUUGCACCCACAGCGAGGCUGUACCUAUGAUGAGGUUGCAGCCACGGUAAGAUUGUGCUCAGGACAAGGUUCCACCACGGCAAGGUUAUGCUCACAGUGGGUUGCACCCCCUGGUGAAGUUGCACCCGUAGUGAGGUUGCCCCCUAUGGUGAGGCUGUGCCUGCACCCACAGCAAGGUUGCGCCCGCAGUAAGAUUGCCCCUAUGGUGAGGUUUCCCCCACAGCAGGGUGGCACCCAGGGUGAAGUUGCACCUACGGCAAGACUGCACCCGUGGCAAGGUUGUAGCUGUGGUGAACUGCUAGCUGUGGUGAGGUUGUGCCGCAGCAAGGUUGCACCUGUGGUGAGGUUACACCCCGUGGCAAGCUGCAGCCGCAGUGAGACUGCACUCAUGGCCAGGUUGCACCCCAAGGCAAGGCUGCGCUCCGGGGCGAGGCUGCACCCAUGGUGAGGUUGCCCUCCGGGGCGAGGUCACGCCCAUGGUGAGGCUGCACCCAGUGCAGGGCUGUGCCCCAAGAGGUCCGGCCCCGCCGGGAGGCAGCCGCCAGCCAGCGCCGUAGCCCGAGGAGGGGCUGCGGGAUUUCUUCUUCUGGCCGUUUCGUACAUCAGACCCUUUCUGGCCGGCCCACAAACGUGCCUGGACGGCCCCGACAAGGGGUGCUGCAGCGGGAGCCCUCUCUGCGAGGGCGCAGGGAGGGGAGGGCUGCGGGGUCCCGGGAGUCCGGCACAUUCCCGCUGCGCACCGGGAGGGAGCCACCACGCCAUGCCGUGGGGACACGAAGCCGUGCCGGGGGGCCCGCGGCAUGCGGGCGCUGCUGGCAUGUGUCUCCUCCUCCCCCUCCUCCUCCUCUUAUUUUUUUCUUUUUCUUUCCUUGAUUUUUAUUUUUAUUUUGCCUUUUUCUCUGUUUUUUCCUUUCCUUUCCUUUCCUUUCCUUUCCUUUCCUUUCCUUUCCUUUCCUUUCCUUUCCUUUCCUUUCCUUUCCUUUAUUUAUUUUUCUUCACUUCUUUUUUCCAUCCUUUUCUGUCUUCUCUUUCUUCUUUUUCUUUUUCCUUUUCUUUUUUCCUUUUUCUUUUCUUUUCUUUUUCUCUUCUUCUUUCUUUUGUUUCAUUCUCUUUUUCAUUCAUUUUUCCUCUUUUUCUUCUUUUCUCUCUCUUUUCUCCUCUUUUCCUCUCUCUUGCCUCCUUUCUAUCUCACUUCUCCUCUCUAUUUCUCUCU